AUGAUCUGGGACCCCAGUGCCGACACGCUUGGUUUCCAUGUCAGUAAGCUCCGUCUAGAACAGAUGCUGACAUCCAAAAGCACGACGAAGCGUCAGGCACUCAGCACUGUGAUAUCAGUGUUUGACCCACUCGGCCUCGUUGCCUGUUACUCCAUCAGAGCUCGAGUCCUGAUUCAAAGCAUCUGGCGAGCGUCCAUUGGCUGGGAUGAUGAGCUGCCGAGGUCGCUGCAAGGCGAAUGGACGAGCUGGUGCGAGGAGCUGACGGAGCUCGGCAAGCUGGCAAUACCAAGAUGCUACAGUUUGAAGCCCGGAGGAGUCGCUAACGUCCAGCUUCACGGCUUCUGCGAUGCCAGUGAACUUGCAUUCGCCGCCGUCGGCUACUUUCGCUUUCAGCUGAACGACGGAACAGUCGACACGGCGCUCGUUACGGCAAAGUCCCGGGUCGCACCGCUGAAGCCGCUGUCAAUACCGCGUCUUGAGCUGCAAGCCGCGCUGCUCGGAGCUCUGAUUGCAAGCGCAAUCUGGAGUGUUCUGGAGCGACUCGCGGACCGGACUCUGCUGGAUCAAGUCAGACGGUCGCCGCUACAAGCCAUUCGUCGCACAUCGUAUCUAGCCAGCAGAGGCGUCGCGGUGAAUGAGAUCCCGCCAACAAGCCGCUGGUUCACAGGUCCAGCGUUUCUGAAGGAGCCGACAUCACAGUGGCCAACGGUACCAUCCACCAGUGAGCCUGUUGAGAACGACGCCGAUGAUGCUGAACUGAAGAAGGAGUUCGUCGGACAUGCUGCUCAACGUACAAAUCGCCUCUGUCUGCCAGACCCUGAACGGUUUUCGUCAUGGCACAAGCUUGUACGCACCACGCCAUGGGUAGUCCGCUAUGUCCCUAAGCUGAAGGCUAGUGUUGCAAGGAAGUCGACCAAGCUACCAGCUGAGUUGCUGCCGUCCGAAGUUCAGCACGCACAGACGCUGGGGUGCAAGACCGUCCAGCACGACUGCUUUCCUGAUGAGCUAGCAUCACUGCACAAGGGAGAGUCAGUCAGCAGUAGUAGCCGCCUCUACAAGCUGUCAGCUGGUCUGGAUGAUGAUGUCAUCAGGGUGUUUGGUCGAACCGAUAGUGACGCCGAACUCCGUCCAUCAGCAAAGCGACCAGUGAUAUUGGACCCAGACCAUCGGUACACGCAUCUGCUACUGCAGCAGCACCAUGUGUGGAAUGGCCACCAUGGACAGGAACGCGUGGCGAACGACCUGCUCCAGUGCUACUGGAUUCUUAAGCUACUCGUCGCUGUGAGAAGAACAUGGACCGAAUGUCAGCGGUGCAAGAACGAGCGUGUCGUUCCACUGCAGCCUGAGAUAGGCCAGCUACCAGAGUGCCGUAUCACAGCCAAUGUCAGACCAUUUACGAACACAGGAAUGGACUACUUUGGCCUGAUGGAGGUCACAGUUGGUCGUCGCCGCGAGAAGCGGUACGGUGUGUUAUUUACGUGUAUGAGCACAGGAGCAGUGCACUUGGAAGUUGCACACGGCCUCACUACCGACGCCUGUAUCCAGAGCAUCAGACAUAUGAGUGCCAGACGAGGGCAGCCAACCGCCAUCUACUCAGAUAACGGCACCAAUCUGCGAGGAGCAGACGGAGAGCUGCGGGAGAGUAUUGGUGAGCUCGAUCAGGAUCGUCUGGCUGCCGAAUUGACGGCUCAAAGUAUUGAGUGGCACUUCAUCCCUCCAGCAGCUCCCCACAUGGGUGGGGCUUGGGAGCGACUCGUGCGAUCAGUGAAAGUGGCUUUGCGAGCGUCACUGACGGAACUGCAUCCGCGUGAUGAAGCGUUGCUAACUGUGUUUGCUGAAGCCGAGAGCCUGGUCAAUGGUCGCCUGCUAACGCAUGUACCUCUGGACGCCGAAGACGACGAAUGUCUGACACCCAACCAUUUCCUGAUUGGUACAUCCAGUGCAGCGCUAUGUCCUGGAGUCUUCAACAACGCCGACCUGUGUUUGCGCAAGCAGUGGCGUGUCGCCCAAGCGCUCAAAGAGAUGUUCCUGGCGUCGAUGGGUCAAGGAAUACCUACCUACGCUAACACGUCGCACCAAGUGGCACCAGCCAUGCCGUCAACUGUCACCCGGUGA